UCUGCCUGCAAGCAACACAGAUGAGAUUACAUUUGAAAUAUUUGACAUUUAGUUCUAAAUUUUUAUGUCAUAAAAUUAAAUCCUUACCCUCCCAGGGGUCACCAACUAGCAACAAUACUUGCACAGCCAACCCUAAACAUAACUCUUUCUUGCCUUGGUGAUUGAUGAUCAAGCCCAUAGGAACCUGCUUAUCUCUAACGACUUUCGGGUGGAAUUAAGUGUACUUUCGCAACGACACCAACUUUUUUGGAAAGUUUUUUUUUUCUUCUUUUUUUUUUUUUUAAAAUAGAAGAUGGCAUCAGCGGUAAAGUCGGAGCCGAUGCGCGUCCUGGUGACAGGCGCGUCUGGGUUGAUCGGCAAAGCCAUUGAGCAUGUGGUGUUUAAGGAAGGUGGGAAACAAGAGGGAGAGGAAUGGUUCUUCAUCUCCUCUAAGGAUGGAGAUCUAACGGAUGUUGAGCAGACCAGAGCUGUGUUCGAGAAGUAUCAUCCCACUCAUGUCAUCCACCUUGCUGCCAAAGUGGGAGGACUCUUCAUACACUUGAAGGAAAACCUGCAGUUUUUGAGAGACAACAUAAAGAUCAAUGACAACGUCCUGCAUACUGCCCAUGAGACGGGUGUUACCAAAGUCGUGUCUUGCCUGUCCAGUUGUAUCUUUCCUGACAAAACUACAUAUCCCAUUGAUGAGACAAUGAUACACGAUGGGCAACCCCAUGAAUCAAAUUACGGAUACUCGUAUGCCAAAAGGAUGAUUGAUAUUCAGAACAGGGCAUACUUUCAGCAGCAUAAGCGUUGUUACACAUCCGUCAUCCCAACUAAUGUGUUUGGUCCCCAUGACGACUUCAGUGCAGAAAACGGCCACGUGCUGUCGGCAGUCAUUGGCAAGACCUACAAAGCCAAACAAGACGGAACCCAUGUGAAGGUGUGUGGCACUGGAAAUCCACGAAGACAGUUCACCUACUCUCUGGACUUGGGCCGCAUACUUGUCUGGGUCCUGAGAGAGUAUGACGAUGUGGAGCCUCUCAUCACCUCCAUUGGGCCGGAGAAGGAAGUUUCCAUCACAGAGGCAGUGGAAAUGAUCGCAAAGGCUUUGGACUUCAAGGGUGAAAUAGUCUAUGACACCACUAUGUCCGAUGGUCAGAUGAGGAAGACAGCGAGCAUUGACAAGCUAAGACGCUACCUUCCUAACUUCACCUUCACACCGCUUGAUGAAGCCAUCAAGUUGACCUGUGACUGGCUUGUGGCCAAUUACGACAUUGCGAGAAAAUGAUGUGAUGAAGCACUGAGCUGAAAACACUGUUUUUCUUCUUCGGUGUUUUGGAGUUAACAUCUGCAAUACGAUGACCAAUAAUUACUUAUACUGUUGAUGCUAAUUUAUUCUUCCUAUUUGCUGAUUGACAUUUCUUUCUCUAAAUGUAUUAAAUUAUUUUAUGGUGCAGGGAGGGGCAAUAUGAACUUUUUAAAUCAUAAUACCUUCUUCUUCUUUUUUUACGGUGAUUAUGUUUCGAACCUAAGUUACAUGUUAAACUAUUAAACCAGAAGGCACUGUACUUGUUGUACUGCGCACUAGUCUCUCCAUACCUGCAAUACUGCGCAGAGGUCUGGGGACACACUUACAAAACCACUACUUAUCCCCUGUUUAUACUCCAAAAAAGAGCCUUGAGAAUCCUACAUUAUGCCAGUUACAGAGAACAUACAAAUCAACUAUUUGUUAAAUCAAAAAUACUUUAAUUCUAUGACUUAAUAAAAUACCGCACAGUACAGAUGAUUUAUAGGGCUGCCAACAAAAACCUCCCUCACAAUCUACAGACAUUAUUCCUGAACAGAGGGGAGGGACACAAUCUAAGAGGGAACAUGAGGUUUAGGCAGAGAAGGGUAAGAACUACAUUAAAAUCCUUUACUGUAUCGGUCACGGGGGUCAGACAGUGGAACAAUAUGGAUGAGGAGAUGAAAAAAUCAACAAAACUGAGUGUAUUUAAAAAGAAGUAUGUAGAGAUGACUAUUAAUCGAUACAGAAUGACACAGAAGGAAAGUAUGACAAAGGUCAGGGACAGAAAUCUGUAGACACUGUGGGAAAUGGCAGGGGAAGCGAAUGUAACCAAACAAAAAAAAAGAAAUGUACCCAAACAACAGCUGACACUGAGACAAAUGUCAACACAUGAGUAGUAUUUAGCUGCCACGGUGAAGCAAAUCACUAAGGAGAAAAAAAUAAAUAAAAAUGAAAAAAAUAUA